AUGUCUCUCCUGGACGUCGGGACAAGCUGCGCGACCUGCGCACUCGUCGACUUCCUCCCCUUCACCUGUCUCAGCUGCGAGCGUGUCUUCUGCCGCGAGCAUGUUCAAGGUCACGACUGCUCCCAGCCUCAAAUUCAAGCCGGGCCAAGCAGGAAGCGUCUCCGCGGCACAUGCGCGUUUGGGGAAUGCAAGGUGGAGACGAUCGAGAGUGUCGGUGGCCUCGAAGGUGCUGCCGAGGACAAUGUGGCGCGCCAAGUGCGUUGUGUGUGCGGCGGGGCUUUCUGUGUCAAACAUCGGAGCCAGGAGGCGCACGAGUGCACUGCACCCCGUGCGCUUAGCGCACGACAGGACGCGCAGAUUGUUCGGAGGGACAAGGCGGCAGAAGUGAUGGCGAAACAUUUCCCAAUCCAGGCAGGGAAGGAGCGCAUAGCCGUGCCAAAGCAGGUGGACCGGACGCGGACCGGGUCGCCGCCCCGCCUUAACCCUUCCUCUUCAACUGUCCCAAACCCAGCCCCAUCCCCAUCCCCAUCCCCAGCGCUCCUUACGGCCAACGACAAACUCUACAAACUGCACCAGACCAAGACGCGCUCGCUCGCCCGCCCUCUCGAUGCCAAGGUCCCCCGCGACAAGAGUGCCGCCCUCGAGUUCGUGGUCGACGAGGGCGGGGCACGGGUACGGACCUGGCUAGCGGGUGGUGGCAAGUACGCCCCUACGGCGGCUGGGGCUGCGAUCGGCACUGGCAAGCCAGAACGGAUUUGGGUGCCGCAUGCGAUGCCAGGGGGUAAGUUAUUCGACACGCUCAUUGCCCGCGCCAAGAUGUCGCGGGCUGGUUUGCAACUCGCCGCCCUCGUCAUCUCGCUCCGACCUGACGCGCCCCGCGCCGCCACGCCGCUGGACCUCACGCUCUCUGCCGGCGAGCAAGUCACAAGUGGCGAUGUUAUCGUCCUCGUACGCGGUUGGGAGUGA